AUGUUCGAGAACCUUUGCACGCUGCCGCUGCAGUCGGAUGUCUUCACAACAGCUCUGCACCCUACCGAACCGCUUCUCACCGUAGGUUUAUCCAACGGCCACGUGGAAACGUUUCGACUGCCACCAAGCAACGCCUCUGAGGACGAUGCCGAUGCGGAUAGCAGCGUGUUGAGCGGCGGGAAGGGCAUGGUCGACACUGUCUGGAAGACGAGGAGACACAAAGGAAGCUGCAGGUGCUUGGCAUAUAGCCAUGACGGCCAGGCCAUGUAUUCUGCCGGAACCGAUUCCCUAGUCAAAUACUUCGACCCAAGCAACGGAAAGGUAAUUUCGAAAAUCGCAAUCCCGAGCACCACCUCUGUCCCGGACGCACCAACACUGCUGCAUGUUCUCAAUCCGCAAAGUCUUUUACUGGCGACCGACUCUGGAGCUCUUCAUAUCGUCGAUCUGCGGGACGGCGCGCCGGGGAAAAAGCCAGCGCAGACUCAUUUCCCCCAUUCCGACUACGUCUCGUCCAUCACACCUCUCCCGCCGUCGGAAGAAAGCACGAGCGGGUUCUCGAAACAAUGGGUCAGCACGGGCGGCACUACGCUUGCAGUGACCGAUGUUCGUCGUGGUGUCUUGGUACGCAGCGAGGACCAAGAAGACGAGCUCCUUAGUGCAUGCUUCAUGCCUGGGAUGGGACCCAAGACCAAGCGCAAUAACGGCGUGAUAGCAAUUGGUUCCGGAAGCGGUGUGCUCACGCUCUGGGACAAGGGAUCAUGGGACGACCAGCAGGAACGAAUCAUUGUUGAUGGUGGCAAAGGAGGCGGCGAGAGCAUCGACGCCAUGGUUACAAUUCCCCACGAAAUGGGUCUAGGGAAGAAAGUGGUGUGCGGCGUUGGCGACGGCAGUCUACGCAUCGUCGACCUGGUCAAGAGGGAGGUUGACAGGUCUACAAACCUGCGACACGACGACAUGGAGGCCGUUAUAUCGCUAGGUUUCGACUGCGGCAACCGGCUGAUCAGCGCUGGCGGCAAGACCGUCAAAGUGUGGGAGGAACUGUCUGAGUUGCAGGGCGGAGACAGCGACGAAGACUUGGAUGAAGGUGAUGAUGACGAGAAUCACGGGGGAGAAAGCAACAGCAAGCGACCCGCCGCCGAUGACAGUGACGACGACGACGAUGAUGAUAGUGAGGAUGACGGCGUGGAGGAAAUGAAGCGCCGGGCCAAGCGACGCAAGGAGAUUCAGAAGAGCAAGCUUGGUCCUAUGGGCGCGCAUGGAGUCCUGGGCUUCGAGGGACUCGAUUGA